CAGUAGAAGAAUUCUGUGUCACUUGAGAAUCAUCAUGAUCUGAAUGCUGCAUUUAGAUGUUUCUCCCUUUUCAUCGAUUGUGCAUCAUUGCUGUAUGCAGGUCACAUAUUAAGAUGACUAAUAUUUGUGUUGAAUGAAAAUGCUGUACCUGGAAGGAUAGCAUUUUGAAGAGAAGACUUUUAUAUGAAAGAAUCACAGGUUUCCAUUAAUCUACAGCAUACAAAUGUUCAAAAUCAUUAAACUCAAACCUUUGGAAAUAGAAGGGUCUUAUAUAAUCUCAGCAAAGGCAAAUGCAUGAACCCAUUAAAUCCAAGUUAAUGUUUGUGAAGAUGGGAAAAUUUACUAGCAACACAUACCAAGAUCCCAAACCAUAUGAUUAUAGACAGUAUGACCAAGGAAUUCCAGAUUUUGUGACAAGUUAUGCCAGGGAUCCUUUAAAUCUAAAGUUCAAAUCACAAUGCUUAAGCAAAAUUUAUGGACUGCCUCCUCUGAAAGAUGAAAAAAAACAGUCAACCUCGAAAGAAAGAUUCAUGACCCACAAGCCUCAAGAACUGAAGUGGGAUUCAAAGCUAUUUCUACCCAAGGAGCCCUGGCCUACAAAAGCUUGUUCCUUUACGAGGCAUAGAAACCAUUGGAGUGCACCUAUAGAUCGUGUAGAAGAAACAUUAAGCAAACUGUGGCUGAAAGAGGCAAUUAAGAAUCAGAAAGAAAUCAGAAGGAAAACAGUAGAAAAUAUAAAGCAAAAAUUACCAAGUAUACCUGUUUCCAUUCGAAAGCAACAAUUGACUGGAAGGAAGGAAGAAAAAAGCUUACCCAAAACACUCCAUUCCCCAUCACUAUCCUUAGGACAUUGUGAAUGGUCAAUGGCUAAGAAUAUGAGCCUUGUAAAGCCAGAACCUUUAGGCUUCUUGCUGCCCACAGGUAUAGCUCAAACUGUACCGGAGCUGAAAUACAAGUAAUGAAAAUAUUUCCAAAAAAUUUGCCUAAAUGUUACUACUAUUGCUUUUUAACAUUUAGAAUCAAUGGUAUUCCGGCUAGUAUAGAAUAAUUUAUUUCAUACCUGUGCGCCCAUGCUAUUAGUUCAGUGAAUGUUAAAUUAAAAAGCAAAACACAUGUACAUACAUAAUAAAUGAUCAUAAAAUGUCCAUAAAA